GCAAGGUGGAUGCGAAGCAUUAGCCAAUUAAAUAGCCCAGAACCUGAAUAGGCUAGCGACCUAUUUAUUUCAGGCGCUAAAGCAAGCAGUCUUUGUCUCAGCAUAUUGUGAUAUCGUCGUAGGCUACGUUGUUUCACUGACUAUUUAAAGUAACAUACUUGUCUAAAACAAGGACAACUAUACUGUUUCUUUUCGUGUUCAGGCUGCUGGUGAUGCUGGCCCUUUAAGUGUGUUUUACAAAGGCAACAUGGACAGUGGCACGGAAGUUGUUAUUGUUUACGUGUAGAACAUUUUGAAUAUUUCAUACAGUGUAGGCUACGCGGCGCUGUCAUCGACAGUCGUCUAUCAGUUUCUAAAUCAAAUCCUAGCUCAGAAAAUGAAGGUAAAAUAAAGCAACUGUCUUGUUAUUCAGGCGAUUUGUAGACUCCUUAAACUAGCAUGAAUGAAACCAUUUGUAAGACAGUAGGGUAGCAGCUAUUCAACAUGCCAGAUUAUUACUCAAAAUGGAAAGACAACAUUCGCUUCUACUAUAUUAUCAAGUUCACCCUAAACGUGUACUCUAUGCUCGUUUCGCUCCUGGGCCUGUGCGUGCUGUGCGUGGGGCUGUACGCUGAGGUGGAGCGGCAGAGGAACCGCACGCUGGAGGGCGUGUUCCUGGCCCCGGCCGUGGUGCUCAUCCUGCUGGGCCUGGUCAUGUUCACCAUCUCGCUGGUGGGCAUGGUGGGCUCGCUCAGGGACAACAAGACACUGCUGCACAUGUUCCUCUGUGUGCUGUGUGCUCUGCUGGCCCUGCAGGCGCUGGGCCUCAUCAUAGCUCUCAUUUUCGAAAGGAAGACAACUGCCUUGUUCCACAAGACCAUUCGAGAGGGCAUAAAGCACUACUACGAUGAUCUGGACUUUAAGAACAUCUUGGACUAUGUGCAGCGAAAGUUCUCCUGCUGCGGUGGAGAUGAGUACAAGGACUGGGGCGUCAAUCAGUACCACUUCUGCAACGGCACGGGUCCCCUGGCUUGCGGAGUUCCGUACACGUGCUGUGUGUCUCAGGUGGGAGAGGUUGUCAACACGCUCUGUGGCUUCCAGACUUUGAAACAGCAGCGGGAGGUUCUGGAUGGAGUGAUUCACGUUCGUGGCUGCAUCCAUGCGGUCAAUCUCUGGAUGGGAGACAACAUUGGCGCUACCAUUGGGCUCUGCUGUGCAGUUGGCCUGCCACAGCUGCUGGGUAUCCUCCUCACUUGUGUCUUCUGGAACAUUCUGGUGGAGAUGAGCGAGUCCGAGGACAUGGUGGACUUCAAGAUCCUGAAGCGGGCUGGCUACAAGUACAGCGAGCUAGACCUGGGCGGUGCUGGCUGGUGCAUGUGCCUUCCCCGCGAUGGCGGCUAUCUGCCCGUGCCUGACUCGGAACCAGACACCUGGGCUCCUGAUCUCACCUUCGCUGACCUAGACCAAGUCCAAGUCCAGGACCCUCUGACAUACUCAAUACCUGAACCACAACAGUCGGGAUCACUGAUUGGCAUGGAUGAAGUAGACAAUCGGGCAUGAAGGACAUUUUCAAAACAAGGGAUACAUUGUAGAUAUUCAGGAUUGUGAAGUGGUAUUCUUUUUAGAUUAUUAUUUUCUCCUGACUAUUAGGAGGUUGUCAUGUUGCACUGUGUGGUGAUGGAACUAGCAAUCCAGCCAGUCUUGCUCAUUUCUAGACACUGCCGUUUUAGAUUGGUAAUUUUUUAUCUGCAUUUGUGCUGUUACUGUUUUUAUUUGGGGUAUACAUGUCAGUAUAUCAUAUUGUUGGACUGUUCAAUAGUUUAUGAGGCUUUUCCUUAAUUUUGUAUUGUUUAGGAUUUUUGCAGUUUUAUGAGAAAAAGGAGAAUUCAAGACAAAGCACCCUUUGUCGUGACAAGAAUUAGUAAUGUAGCAGUUUGAUUUUUUUUAAAAUUGAGAAUUGAGGAUAUUUUUUCUCAGGGUCUUUUUACUUGGUUUUUUUUUUCAGUGUAUAAUUUAGGGGCCAGUUUCUAGUACAUGGAUGAAGCCUAGUCCUAGACUAAAAAAACUUGUUUGGAUAUCUCUAGAGGGAAAAAAGCACUAUGACUAGGCUUAACUCACCUACAAGAAACUACAGGAAAUGGCUAUCAGGUGGCACGUCUGCACUGACAAUGGCAUGUGUUCCGACGACUGCUUUUAUGAAGAUGUGAUGGUAUAAGAUGCAGAAGUCUUACAGAUUUCAAAUAUUGGUAUUCAUAAGCAUUUUAGAUACUGACAUUGAAAUUAUUGAUUUUUUUGUGUGUGAAGUAGCCCUGUCGCUAGGUUAUAAAUGUAGAGAUCCAGAAGAUCAUUACAACCUUUCAGGUGCACUACCAAUCACGCCUUGUUUAUGGAAUGACUGCAAGUGAAUUGUUUCCUUCCAGUUUCAUGCUAAAAUUACAAACGUCACCAGUGUGCUAUGCUCUGAAUAUGCACUGACUGGGAGUACUUGCUCAUUUUUUAAGUUGAGGGGGAAAUGAUUCUGUUUACAACUGUGUUAGGCUAUCAUAAUGCAGGUUUUAUCGCCUCCAUUAUAAAGAAAAUGCUCCUUUUCUAUCCUUGUUUAUUAUAUCUGUAAACAUUGUAAACAUGUUCUCAUGGAAUAAAGGAGUACAAGGGCAGAGCUAUCCUUCAUCUGCAUUUUAAGAUCCAUCCCCAUUUUACAGCAUUAUCCCAGUCAUCACAUUACUUCCAUCUUCAAUAAAACAGAUUCCAGAUUA